CCCAGGGGACAGCCAGGGACAGGCAGACAUGCGGCCAGGGCUGCGGGGCCUGGACAGGGGCUGCUGGGCCCUGUGACAGGAGGAAGCCCCGAGCCCCGGCCCGGGGAGGGGCCAUGGUGCUGCCUGCCCAACAUGUCAGCCGAGGUGCGGCUGCGGCGGCUCCAGGCGCUGGUGCUGGACCCCGGCUUCCUGGGCCUGGAGCCCUUGCUCGACCUUCUCCUGGGCGUCCACCAGGAACUGGGCGCCUCCGACCUGGCCCAGGACAAGUACGUGGCCGACUUCUUGCAGUGGGCGGAGCCCAUUGCGGCAAGGCUUAAGGAGGUCCGGCUACAAAGAGAGGACUUCGAGAUUCUGAAGGUGAUCGGACGCGGGGCGUUCAGCGAGGUAGCGGUGGUGAAGAUGAAGCAGACGGGCCAGGUGUAUGCGAUGAAGAUCAUGAAUAAGUGGGACAUGCUGAAGAGGGGCGAGGUGUCGUGUUUCCGGGAAGAGAGGGAUGUGUUGGUGAACGGGGAUCGGCGCUGGAUCACAGAGCUGCACUUUGCCUUCCAGGACGAGAACUACCUGUACCUGGUCAUGGAGUACUACGUGGGCGGGGACCUGCUAACGCUGCUGAGCAAGUUUGGGGAACGGAUCCCAGCCGAGAUGGCGCGCUUCUACCUAGCAGAGAUUGUCAUGGCCAUAGACUCAGUGCACCAGCUGGGCUAUGUGCACAGAGACAUCAAGCCAGACAACAUCCUGCUGGACCGCUGCGGCCACAUUCGCCUGGCCGACUUCGGCUCCUGCCUCAAGCUGAGGGCAGAUGGGACGGUGCGGUCACUGGUGGCUGUGGGCACGCCGGACUACUUGUCCCCUGAGAUCCUGCAGGCCGUGGGCGGUGGGCCUGGAGCAGGCAGCUACGGGCCCGAGUGUGACUGGUGGGCACUGGGCGUGUUCGCCUACGAGAUGUUCUACGGACAGACGCCCUUCUAUGCCGACUCUACUGCCGAGACCUACGGCAAGAUCGUCCACUACCAGGAGCACCUGACUCUGCCCUUGGCCGACGUGGGCGUCCCUGAGGAGGCCCGAGACCUCAUCCAGAGGCUGCUGUGUCCCCCAGAGACCCGGCUAGGCCGGCAGGGGGCAGCCGACUUCCAGAAGCACCCUUUCUUCUUGGGCCUCGAUUGGGAUGGCCUGCGGGACAGCGUGCCCCCCUUUAUACCGGAUUUUGAGGGUGCCACUGACACGUGCAACUUCGAUGUGGUGGAGGAUGGGCUCACUGCCAUGGAGACGCUGUCUGACAUCCGGGAGGCCAUGCCACUGGGCGUCCACCUGCCUUUCGUGGGAUUCUCCUACUCCUGCACCGCGCUCAGGGACAGUGAGCCCCCAGGCCCCACCCCCAUGGAACUGGAGGCCGAGCAAUUGCCUGAGCCACAGGUGCAACUGCCCAGUCCUGACCAUGCGAGGCCUCUCCUGGAGGAAACAGCUGAAGUGGCGGUUCCAGUGGCCCUCCCGGCGGCAGCAGUGGCCGAGGCCGAGGUGACCCUGGGUGUGCUCCAGGAGGCCCUGGAGGAAGAGGCGCUCACUCGGCAGAGCCUGAGCCAGGAGCUGGAGGCCAUCCGUGUGGCCAACCAGAACUUCGCCAGCCAGCUCCGUGAGGCAGAGGCCCUCAACCGCGACCUGGAGGCGCGUGUGCGCCAGCUGCAGGAGCGGAUGCAGCUGCUGCAAGCCGAACGGGCUGAAGCUGUCACGGGGGUCCCCAGUCCCCGGGCCACGGAUCCACCUUCCCAUAUGGCCCCCCGGCCGUGGCUCUGGGCCAGUGCCCGCUGGUGGGGCCAGGCCCCCUGCACCGCCGCCACCUGCUGCUCCCUGCCAGGGUCCCUAAGCCUGGCCUUCCGGAGGCGCGGCCCCUGCGCCUGCUCGCCGCCGCUGCUCUGGCUCCUGCCCCCGCCCCGGGCUGCGCUGGGCUGGUGGCCCGCGGCCGCCAUCGCGCCGCGGCCUGGCGCCGCCCCAGAGCCCUCCUCGUCCCCUGAACCCUAG